AUCUGCCCAAAGGUAGGCUCUGAGUAUUUCUUUUCUGUUGCCCAGCAGCCUGCACAGAGGGCACUCGAGUACUUAAAGACAAGCCAACUACUCCAGGACCCCUUUGAGAAACACUGGUGGGGAGGGGCGGUUGGCUGGCUCCAGAGGAGAGGGGUGUGGGCAGGGGCGGGGCUCUGCUCUAGGCGGGACCCUGGGGCUCUAGGGCGCCUGCGCAGAAAGCGUUAAGAUGGAGGCUGCUGGAGUUGACGGCGGCACAGCAAUGGUGGUGUUUCUCUGAAAUGAAAUACAUAAAACCUUUUAUUUCAGAAAUUCCAUGGAAUUAUAGUUGGUACUACCGUGCAAUGUCUCUAUUUGAAAGGCAAGAUGGAGAACAAGAGAGAUAUCUGCAAGCCAACAACAGAGAAUUCAAUACCAGGUUUGGAUAUCCUAACAAUACCAUCAAGACCUCAAGAUAUAAUGUCUUUAACUUCUUGCCCCUAAACCUAUUUGAACAAUUCCAGAGACUUGCAAAUGCAUAUUUCCUCGUUUUGCUGUUCCUCCAGUUGAUUCCCCAGAUCUCCUCCUUGGCAUGGUACACAACUGUGAUCCCCCUGAUGGUGGUGUUGUCCAUAACAGCAGUGAAGGAUGCCAUCGAUGACAUGAAAAGGCACCAAAAUGACAAUCACGUCAACAACCGUUCUGUAAUGGUGCUGAUGAAUGGCAGGAUAAAGGAGGACAAAUGGAUGAAUAUUCAAGUGGGAGAUAUAAUAAAACUAAGAAAUAAUCAGCCUGUCACGGCUGAUAUACUAUUACUCUCUAGCAGUGAGCCUUACAGUCUGACGUAUAUAGAAACAGCAGAACUUGAUGGUGAAACCAACCUGAAAGUGAAGCAGGCCAUCCCAGUCACCAGUGAUUUGGAAGAUAACCUGGAGCUGCUUUCUGCCUUUGAUGGAAAAGUGACGUGUGAGUCUCCCAAUAACAAGUUGGACAAAUUCACAGGAAUACUGACUUAUAAAGGAAAAGACUUCACCCUGGACCAUGACAAGCUGCUACUCCGAGGCUGCAUCAUCAGGAAUACAGAUUGGUGCUAUGGCUUGGUGAUUUAUACUGGACCAGACACCAAAUUAAUGCAGAACUGUGGAAAGUCUACCUUUAAACGGACGCACAUGGACCAUCUCUUGAAUGUCCUUGUGGUCUGGAUUUUCCUGUUUUUAGGCAGCAUGUGCUUUAUCCUAGCAAUUGGGCAUGGCAUUUGGGAAAACAAAAAAGGCUACUACUUCCAGAAUUAUCUGCCAUGGAAAGAAUAUGUCCCUUCAUCAGCUGUCUCUGCCAUCCUCGUAUUCUGGUCCUACUUCAUUAUUCUUAACACUAUGGUGCCCAUUUCCCUUUAUGUCAGUGUUGAGAUAAUAAGAUUGGGCAACAGUUGCUAUAUCAACUGGGAUCAGAAGAUGUUUUAUGCACCAAAGAACUCACCAGCACAGGCUCGCACCACCACCCUUAAUGAGGAGCUUGGCCAGGUCAAAUACGUGUUCUCUGACAAAACAGGAACCCUGACUCAGAACAUCAUGGUUUUCAAUAAGUGUUCUAUUAAUGGGAUGUUCUAUGGUCAUGUCUAUGACAAAAAGGGAAUGAAAGUAGAAGUCUCUGAGGAAACAGAAAAGGUCGACUUCUCCUACAACAAACUGGCUGAUCCUAAGUUUUCAUUUUAUGACAAGACUUUGGUAGAAGCAGUGAAAAAGGGAGAUCGCUGGGUACACUUGUUUUUUCUCUCACUCUCAUUGUGUCAUACCGUGAUGUCAGAAGAGAAAGUGGAAGGUAAGCUGGUAUACCAGGCUCAGUCCCCAGAUGAAGGUGCCCUUGUCACUGCUGCCAGGAACUUUGGUUUUGUGUUCCGUUACCGCACCUCUGAGACAAUUGCAGUAGUUGAAAUGGGUGAGACCAAAGUCUACCAACUGCUGGCUAUUUUGGACUUCAGCAAUGUGCGCAAGAGGAUGUCUAUUGUUGUGAGGACACCUGAAGAUCGAGUAAUGUUGUUUUGCAAGGGCGCAGACACCAUCCUCUGUCAGCUGCUCCAUCCAUCCUGUAGGUUCCUCAGAGAUGUGACCAUGGAACAUUUAGAUGAUUUUGCCAUUGAAGGCCUCCGCACCCUGAUGGUGGCCUACCGAGAACUGGAUAACUCAUUCUUCCAGGCCUGGAGCAAGAAGCACAGUGAAGCCUGCCUGUCUUUGGAGAAUCGGGAACAUAAAAUGUCAAGUGUCUAUGAAGAGAUUGAAAAAGAUUUGAUGCUGUUAGGGGCCACAGCCAUUGAAGACAAGCUGCAGGAUGGAGUACCUGAGACAGUCGCCACCCUGAACAAAGCCCAAAUUAAAAUGUGGGUCUUAACUGGAGAUAAGCAAGAGACUGCUGUGAACAUUGCCUAUGCCUGUAACAUAUUUGAGGAAGAAAUGGAUGGGAUGUUUAUCGUGGAAGGCAAGAAUAAUGAGACUGUUCUGCAAGAACUCAGGUCAGCCAGGGACAAGAUGAAACCUGAGUCUCUACUGGAAUCAGACCCAGUAAACAUUUACCUCACCUCAAAGCCCCAAAUGCUCAGAAUACCUGAGGAGGUGCCCAAUGGCAACUAUGGCUUGAUCAUCAAUGGCUGCAGUCUGGCCUAUGCUCUGGAAGGGAACCUGGAGUUGGAGCUGGUGCGAACAGCGUGCAUGUGCAAGGGAGUUAUCUGCUGCCGGAUGACACCCCUUCAGAAGGCCCAGGUGGUAGAGAUGGUGAAGAGGUACAAGAAGGUGGUGACACUGGCCAUCGGGGAUGGGGCCAAUGAUGUCAGCAUGAUCAAAGCUGCCCACAUUGGGGUUGGCAUCAGCGGCCAGGAGGGAAUGCAGGCCAUGCUCAACAGCGACUAUGCCUUCUCCCAGUUCCACUAUCUUCAGCGUCUACUCUUGGUCCAUGGCCGCUGGUCCUAUAAUCGCAUGUGCAAGUUUCUCAGCUACUUCUUUUACAAAAAUUUUGCUUUCACCCUGGUGCAUUUCUGGUAUGCCUUCUUCAGCGGGUUCUCUGCACAGACUGUUUAUGAUACCUGGUUUAUCACUUUCUACAACCUUGUCUACACCUCCCUCCCUGUCCUGGGCUUGAGUCUGUUUGACCAGGACGUGAAUGAAACAUGGAGUCUACGCUUCCCAGAGCUGUAUGAGCCAGGCCAGCACAACCUCUAUUUCAACAAGAAGGAAUUUGUGAAGUGUUUAGUGCAUGGGAUCUACAGUUCCUUCAUCCUGUUCUUUAUCCCUAUGGGGACCAUUUACAACUCAGUGCGCAGUGAUGGGAAAGAAAUCUCCGACUACCAGUCCUUCUCCCUGAUAGUGCAGACCUCCUUGCUCUGGGUGGUCACAAUGCAGAUUGCCUUGGAGACAACCUACUGGACAAUGAUAAGCCACAUCUUCACCUGGGGUAGCCUGGGUUUCUACUUUUGCAUCUUAUUCUUCCUGUACAGUGAUGGCUUGUGCUUAAUGUUCCCCAACGUCUUCCAAUUCCUAGGUGUGGCCAGGAACACUCUGAACCUGCCACAAAUGUGGCUGAGUAUUGUCCUCAGCGUGAUCCUCUGUAUUUUGCCUGUGAUUGGGUACCAAUUUCUCAAACCACUAUUCUGGCCUGUCAACGUGGACAAGAUUAUGGACAGAAUUCAUCUUUCCACGAAACUUCCACUGCCACCCCCAACCCGGACCAAACUGAAAUAUGCAAGCUGUCGACAUUCUGCCUAUGCAUUCUCGCACAAGCAAGGCUUUGGGGCCCUCAUCACUUCUGGCAAGAUAUUGAGGUCUAGGGUAUCCAAGAAAAACAGCUUUCUUUUUAAAAAGUAGAGAUCCAUAGGGAAAUCUCAAAGGAAUCAGUCAUUACUCUUCCUCUCUUGUAUUCAUACAACUUAAUAAGGAUGGAUUUGAGCCCUGGGGAAACCAGCAUAAACCUUCCCUUUAGCUCUCAUUCCAGGGGCUUCAUUCCCUAGAAGGCUGUGUCCAGGUAAGGCAAGGAAAGGUAAAGAAAGAGCCCCCAGAUAUCUGUCAGAGUUGCAGCAUUUCAAGAAAAAGCAAUGUCAGGCCUCCCUUCCACCAACCCUUCCAAGUUUUAAUCCAGACAAGAAAAUAUGAAAGUACUGGGUGAAGAGAUGCAAUAUAGGAAAGGGAAAAGAAAAUAUGACUUAAGAAUCUUACUUUGGGCUCUGUUUUCCAUACCCAGAGUAACCAUAAACCUUCCAGGGUCCCACACAAACAUAUCCCAUCCAGGCACCCUUCUCAGGUUUAUCUGGGGAAUUCAGGGUAAAUCUUUUUGCUGGCCCUGGGUAGCAAAAGGAGGCAGUUAUGAAAAGCUGGUCAUAAGAAGCUGAAGGAGUUUCUGGAUUAAAAAAAAAAAAAAAAAAAAAAAAAGAGGUGGUUCCUGCCUUGAGGGGAUAUAAGUCAUAAUUGAUGAACACAUGUCUUCAUUCCAUAAAAUUACUUAGAGAAGAAAUUGUAUGUACUUGGGAAAUUGUUUCUGAGAAGUUUAUGGAGUAAUAAAUUGCUUAAUUUGGA